UUGGAUGGGAAGUAAAGCACGACGAACGUCAGUGGCGCAAGUACGCAAGCGCAGGUUUUAGUCGUGUUCUAUAGGUACAUAUCACAUGUUGGGAAGUUGGGAACGCGUGUACUUACUAGUUUUACACCGCAGCUACGCGUUGUGCCAUCAUUCCAUACCUGUCACAUGCCUUAUGUGGGUUUCCUUUGUUAUUAUUGGUGUUCUAGUCGUUGCCCGGAGUGCCAACAGGGAUCUAAUAUGAAACGGAGAGCUAUGCCAGACACACAGGAAAUUAUCCGGAGAGCAGACGAACUGUUCGAUGAAUAUAAGUAUGAAGAAGUUAUCAAUUUUCUCAGGCAGCAUCUCCAACCUUCGGAAUAUGAAAUCCUGUGGCGCUUUGUUCGAGCUCUCUAUUCACUGUACAAGGAGGACAAAUCGGCCCACGAGUUAGUACUGGAAGGUUUCCAAACCGCAUCCCGUCUUUUGGAAAUAGCCCCAAAAGCAUCCGCAUCGCAUAAGUAUUAUGCAAUAUUUUUCGGUGAAAAAGCAGGAAUUGAGGGAACUAAACAGCAGAUUCUAUCGCUUACCGAAGUGCUCGCACACAUCAAAAUCGCCAAGGAGGAGAACGCACUUGAUCCCUAUGUGUGGCAUCUGGAAGGAGCCUUCUACGAGAAGCUGGCCAGUUUGCAGUGGUAUGAGAAGUUGUUUGUGUACGCUUUAAACAAAGAUCUGGUUCAACCUAGCUAUGAUGACGCGUUACGAUGCUUGCUGAAGGCGGAACUAAUUCGGUCCGGGUUUCUGUCACUCAAUCAAUUUCUAAUCGGAAAGAUAUAUUUUCAACAGAAAAAGUACGAAAGUGCGAGACCGUACCUUACCCGCCUUGCCAAUCGUGAAGUAGUUCGAACUGCAGAUGACAAAUUCUCGAAGGAAGUGGCAAUACAAUUGUUGGGGAAAAUGUGAAAUCGACAAAUGUUAUUUCAUUUUGAAUUUCGGAAUCCAAACAAAUAUAAGAUUUCAAUAGUU